CGGAAACAACGGGAGCUCUUCAAGCAAGCAGUCAGUAGCUCUAUUCGUUCUUUACAACACGCAGCUCACCUGCUUAUAAUAAACCCCCGUCGCCCUCCAUGCCACCCGUCUCAGAUGCUAGCUUGAGGACAGGCGGGUCUGCAUCCUCAAGCCCCAACAAGUCUUCACCUCCAGAACCUGAAAGCCGCCUGGCCCAUGACUCUACUCCCAUAUUCACCCCUUCUACCACUCCAUCUUCUGAAACCCCCCAGCAAGACGAAAUCCGAGAGAAAGAUAAUAGCCGUGCUCCUCAGACAGACCGGACGGGGCAUUUAGAAACCAUGUCGCCCCCCAACUCCCCUGGGGGAGCAACCGUGGUUGUGACUCCCGAGACUAAAGAGGAAACGGCCGCGGUGGACGAGAACACAGCUUCCAAGCUGGAACCGCGUGCAGCUCCCAAUGUCUCGGAAACUACAUCAGCAAAGCCUGUUUGCAAGAGGCACACGGCGAAGGGAAACAAGUCCGCGAAGAAACAUGUCAACAAGUGGAAGAGGAAGAAUAAGAACCUAGCCACGGACUCUUCCAACAGUAGCAGCGACUUAUCUACAACUUCUGCAUCUGAUAGUUCUAGCUCUACAUCAAGUUCGAGCGAGAGUGAAUCUGAGAGCGAGUCGGAGUCUGAGGAUACCGAUUCUGAGACGGAGGAAAAAGAGAAGCGCAAGGGCCAUAAGAAGGCCAAAAAGAACUUCAAGAACAAGAAGGGGAACAAACAGAAGCGCAAAUCCAAGGGUUCCCACCGCAAGCACGAUGAUCUGUCAGAGACUAGCUCAGAUGAGAAUAGCGAGGACGAAUCUGUUGCUGAAAAGGCUCAGAGGAAAACGUCCUCGAAGCUCAGGGCAAAGAAGAAAGCCAAGAAAGUCAAGCUAGAUGACGAAAUCUCCGAAGACAUUGAGGAAGAGCAAAAUCAGAUCGAUCCUGACAACUUAGCCUAUAUUCAGGAGCAGUUGGCUGCACUGGGCUUGAAAUGUACUGGCCUGGCACAGAAAUCAAGGAGACGGGCGAAUGACGACAAACCCACCAAGAACAAUGGAAAGAAGGCUGCUAAAAGCAAGGGGAAAAGAGCAUCCAAGGUUGCCUACAAAAGAGUUGACCAGCUAUGGGACAAUACCAUACACAACUACAAACUUACAGAGACUAUGGAUGAUCCCGAUACGUCUGAAUGGGACCAAUACAUCUUCACUGUUCGCCGCAGCUUCGAUUGGGACAACAAAUACGUCGAAACCGUUGUCGAUAUUAAGAGCAAGCCUCUCCGCGAGGCUCUCUCCAAAAUCAUGGACGGUGUGAAGGGCGUCAGCUUGGUACAGGAGACCGCAGCAGUUGAUCCCAACAUGCUCUUUCUCUACCUCGAAGAGACCCGCCAGUACAUGAAGGAUUUGCGAGCCAUCGCUAAAUCCAGAAAGAAAAAGAAGGAGCGCAAACAGGCACAGACCAAAGCGGAUCACCUCAAGGUCCUGGUCAAAUAUAUGGACAAAGACUACGCGGAAACGAAGAAAACGCUGUAUCCUCUGCUGGACGCUAAUAUGAUUACGUUUGACCUCCUCUGGGCUCUCUACAAACCGAACAGCAUCGCAUACACUUCAACCUACGGAGACGUGGACGAACCACGAGCCUUCAAGAUCGAAUAUGCCUCGAAAGAGUCUUCCUUCAUGAGGGGUCAAUGGUAUAGUGUCGAAGGUCGUUAUUUGGAAUAUGACGGAAAGUCAUUCGGCAUGGGAACUAUGUCGGCUGACAUUGGGGCCUUUAAGGGAGCGCGCAAGAUCACGAGUCUGGCAUGCUACCCUUUGAAGUACCACCGCGACUCUGAAGCAAUCAAGCAGAAGCUGAUCGAACGUGGCAAGAAAUUUGCGUCCCUCACGGGCAUGAAUUAUCGUUUCCACAAGGGAAUGGCGUUCUAUAAGAAAAGGGGAUCCAUCAUCAAAGUCAACAUCAACGGUCGUGUUAUGGUAGAUCCAGCCACUCACCGGCGCAUCAACCCUAAUUAUCCCGUCAGCACUGUCAAAGCCAGAAAUGAUCUGGAUGGCUCCGACGACAGCAGUGAAGCUUGCGGCUGCGGAUUAUCUGGCUCAGGGUCCGAGAGUGGACAGGGAUUUGGAGAAUCAAAUACGUUCACAUCCAAAUCCAGGAUAAUUCGAGACGGGGACGGCAAAACACGUAUUGAGGCCGAAUUCGAUGAGAACGGCAAGGAGGUCUGCAAGAGAAACUUUCAGAAGAUCGAUAGCGAAGGCGAUGGUGAGUCUGAUAUUCACUUCAGCGAGGAGAAUCUCCUUAUAGCCAGUCCUGUGGUCCUGGGAUUCGCCUUCAGCGAAAAGCUCUGGCUGGAGUUAAGCGUCUCCGGAAUCAAUGAGAUCGAGUGGAAUGAAGGAGCCUUCGAUUCGCUUGUUCUUCCCGAUAAUCAGAAGACUAUUGUGAGGGCAUUGGUAGAGUCUCAUACGUUCCACGCUGCCGAAAAUAUCGACGAUGUCAUUCAAGGCAAAGGCAAAGGUCUUGUUGCUGUCCUUCACGGGCCUCCUGGUACCGGCAAGACCCUGACGGCCGAAGGCAUUGCGGAGCUUCUCAAACGCCCUCUGUACAUGGUCAGCGCCGGAGAACUUGGUACAAACUCUCAGAGCUUGGAAGGGGAACUGACCAAGAUUCUCGACAUCGCUCACUCCUGGGGCGCCGUGCUGCUCCUGGAUGAAGCGGACGUCUUCCUCGAAAAGCGCACCAUACAUGACAUCCACCGCAAUGCACUGGUCAGUAUCUUCCUCCGCCUCCUGGAAUACUUCCAAGGAAUUCUUUUCCUGACCACGAACCGUGUGGAAACCUUUGAUGAGGCCUUCCAGUCUCGUAUCCACAUCGCACUCCGUUACGGUGAUUUGAACACGAAGGCGAAACGCGCCAUAUGGAAGAUGUUCCUACGAAAGGUGCAGGCUAUGGAUGGACUAGAGACUGUUACGUUUACAGAGAAAGAUUACGACGAGCUCGCACGUCACAAUCUGAACGGACGCCAGAUCAAGAACUCUGUGCGCACCGCACAAGCUCUCGCCAUCAACGAGAAAGCCCCUCUUUCCAUGACACAUAUCAAGUGUGUCCUCGAAGUCGCAGAGACGUUUGACAGAGACCUCAAGGGCGGAACAGGCUAUCUUGACGCCAUGAGAAGCUACACUUGA